AUGACUUUCUGGUCUCUCAUCUCGCCCGAUUUACCCAAGAUCUUUCUCAAGCCCAUGAUUGCACCACCGGCUACCCCUGAAGCCGAGGCAUUACAGUUGAGAGCACGGGUCCAAUGGUUCAGUGAUUACAUCAAUGGGCACCUCCUUGAAACACAUCAUGGUGCAAGAAUUGAGGACAUUGAGACUGGGUCGGACCUUGCCGCCCUACUUGGGAGUCGGCUGAAUCUCAGUCCCACGGACCAAGCUACCCUCCAGGAGCAGGCUCGAGGUCAGAACGUACUUGAUGCAUUGUCAUCAUCUGAUCUUUCCCCGGCUCAAGUCCAAGUUGGCUUACUUCCGAGCCACGCCGAGCCAGGGCACUCCGGUUUGGAGCCACCGAGUCUCGGUGUUCAAAUCGACGGAAGCAUUACGACUUCACCUAUUGAUUCCGACAGUGCUCGCCCAACUGGCCGCCAAGUAUCUUAUCAGAGCUCAACAGACACACACGAUCUAGAGGCCGAUAGCUUCGCGGCAGGUCACGGUCUGCCAGCAGAUGCGGCAGCUCGCCGCUUUGUCGACGCCUACUUUCGGAACGUCAACGGAGCAUACCCCUUUGUGAACCAGGCCAAGAUACUUGAGAAUCUUGAGACUCUAGGUGACCUUGCUCAAAGGCUUCGUGACUCCCAGUCUACUCUCCUUUAUCUGGUCAUGUCCAUAGGUUGCACCACUCUGGAGCGAGCCAGCCGGGUCCCUAGAGACACGGCAAAACAGUUCAAGGUGGCAUACGCCGAGAUCAUCCAAGAGUGCGUCUGCCGGGACAGCAUCGAGUCGGUCCAGAUCUUGAUGCUGUUAGCGCUUUACUCACUGUUUGACCCGGCUGGAGCAUUGGUAUACUCCAUUGUCGGAAUUGCGGCACGGCAGGCUAUUACGAUAGGUCUGGCUCGUCGACCAGCAGAUGAAAAUACCUAUCCGCCAGCUGAAACAGAGCUACGCCACCGUCUUUACUGGAGCAUCUUCGCUCUCGAUCGCAUGAUGGCUGUGUCACAAGGUCUACCCGUGGCUCUUCCGGAUAAUGCUGACGUGCCAUUUCCCGGUCUGACCGUCGAAGAAUUUGCCAGCGGGGAGAGAAUAACGUACGCCAGGAGACUGCAGACAAGCCGACACGUCAUCCAGUUACGCCAGCUGGAAGGCCGAAUAUUGGAGCAGAUUCAUUUCAGAAGAGAGGCCGACAUUGCGGAACUGACACCCUUGGAUAGGCGAGCAACGCUGAGCAGUUUGCGGGCGACCAUCGAGGAUUGGCAUAGUCAAGGAUGUCUGAUGUCACCGAUAGGGGGCGAUAACACCACCAUUCAUAGCACCACAACUUGGCUCAGCGCGCGGUACUACUACCUGCUCCUUCUAUUAUACUAUCCGAACCACUUUAACAGCUCGGCCGGAGCUGUGUCACGGCAAGAGCUACAGCAAUUCGCGCAGCGCCAGCUUCAGGCCACGUCGGCGCUCUUCCAGCAGCAACAGCUACCCCUCAACUGCAACACGCUCUACAGGCUUAUGCCUAUAUGUCUGGUCUUGAUUCGACAUUUCCCUUCCUGGCCCAGGGAUGAGGUUGCGGUCGCGCUAUCAGUCCUGGAAGCGUUCCCAAAGGAGUGGAGCCUCGCACACCGAGCGGCGCAAGUAGUGCGUCAGUUUGCCGGUGUCAUAUCGGGCGGGAUGGCGGCCUUCUUCUCAGAUGAGGCAGUGUUCCCUUUAGGAGCUGCCGGAGGCGCAACCACCACUGGCGAGAACGCUGCAGGAGAGGUUUACGGAGGCAAAGAGAGUCUACCGGUUUUGAUGAAGCCUUGCAUUGCACGACUGACAUCACUGAUGCAGGAGAUGAUGGGGAAGUCAACGUGCUUCCAGUUUGUCGAGUAUCCAUCCGAUGACAAUAAGCGAGCAGAUAGUCAAGGGGCGGCCAUUUCCCAUCAGAAACCACAUCAACCGUACCUCCAGCAGCAACUCCAGCAGCAGGCCCUACCCCCGGUCAUGAGCCAGGUGGCCAUAAACCGGGAUGAAAUGGAUGGCAUUCAGCAGGUUGGUGUAGGGGAUGACGAUGUGAUCGGUUACGGCUGGGGCGCGAUAGAUUUGGAUUUUCUAUGA